CUACACAUGGAAUAACUAAAGAGCCCUCUGAGUCGUGCAGUAAAUCUGCCUGUUCCCAAAGGAAGCUCUUUUAAUUAGAGAAGACUUCUGUUCCACAGCUGCUGUGCAGGACAGUGCUGGACCACGGCUGUGUAUGAGAUAAGGUCUUAUAAGUGAAAGAAGAUGGGGUCUGGCUGCCUGAAAGUCACCAAGUACUUCCUCUUCCUCUUCAAUCUUCUCUUCCUUAUCCUGGGUGCUGUGAUCCUGGGUUUUGGGAUAUGGAUUCUGGCCGACAAAACCAGUUUCAUUGCAGUUCUACAGAUGUCAUCUCCCUCCCUGAAGAUUGGUGCGUACGUCCUCAUCGGUGUUGGGGCUCUCACCAUGCUGAUGGGCUUCCUGGGCUGUCUUGGAGCAGUCAAUGAAAUCCGAUGUCUCUUGGGUCUGUACUUCACCUGCCUGAUGAUAAUCCUCAUAACUCAGGUUGCUGCUGGACUGGUCAUCUACUUCCAGAAGGAAACUCUGAAAGAAGAGUUGUCUCGCAUAGUUCGAAGUCUGAUUGAAAAAUACGACCCUUUGAAUGAUGAUGAGAGGAACCUACAAGAUGCAUGGGACUAUGUACAAACCCAGAUUGCCUGCUGUGGCUGGACUGGAGCAAAGGACUGGGAAAACAAUGAGAUUCUUAUCAACCAAAGCAUGACUGCAUAUCCCUGCUCCUGCUCCAAUAGCUCCAAGGACUUUCAGGUAGAUACUGGCUUCUGUAAUCUGGAUGUCCCCAUCAAUGGCACUGCAACGUAUGCUGACUGGCCUGUUCAUCAGCAGGGAUGUAUGGAUGGUGUAGAGCAGUGGUUGAAGGACAACCUUGGUGUCAUUCUUGGGGUCUGCACGGGUGUUGCUGUUAUAGAGCUGCUGGGGAUGAUCCUGUCCAUCUCGCUUUGCAAGAACAUACACAGUGAAGACUACACCAAAGUGCCCAAGUCUUGAGAUGGCUGAAACCAGAGCUACAGCCCCACAGAGAAAGGAGCAAACAGAACAUUCCUGCCUCAUACCCAGACUGUCCAACCGUUGACCAUUACUCCUGUGACAUCCCAUUUCUCAUACCACUCUGCUAAGAACUGUUAGAGCUGCAAUACAGCCUGAUCUUCUGGCAAUAGGGCCCUUGGGCCACCUGCAUCCUGCCUCUGGAUUAUUUUUACUUCAAGAAGCAGAACUUAACUGUCUCAUAUCACAUGAGACACGGAUUAACCUGAGGGGACAAUGCUUUUUCUGCCUGCUCCGUGUUAAACGAUACUACUCAUAUCCCCAUUCUACAACCCACUGGGCCUAAUACACAACAACUCCUCUCCAACCUUGUUCUCCUCCACACAUGUUCCCCACUACCCUCAGAAGUCCCAUCUCCUUGUCUCUUGAACCAGGAUUGCUGUUGAGAUUCCAGUGCUUUGAUAGCUUCACGUACUUCACUGACGUGUGGUGGUAACUACUUGUGCUUUAUAGGCCCUCUCCUCCCUUGCAGUUAACCUGAUUCAGCUCUUCCUAUGCAUUUUCCAGCCUAGGCUCUCAUCUGAACUAUUGAGUGCUAUCCUCAUCCUCGCUUCUCUUGCUUCUGGAGUCAGCUAUGCCUUGCCUUCAGUGGAGUUCUUCCCUUUGACUGUGAUGAGGAGCCAACAGGAGGGCUCCAAGCCUACCUAUUCCUAGUGUGUCCUGGCAGAUUGUGGCGGUGGUGCUCAGCUGCUUCUGGAAUGGGUUCCUUGGGUUCUGGAUUUGGCACUUCCACGUUUCUCCCACUUGCCUCUUUUCCUUUCCCCCAGCACUGCUUUGCUGGCUCUUGUCAGCUUGGAGGCACUUCAGAGACUGCUGCAGAGCAUGGGUUCAGCCCCAGGCUGGCUCUGCUGGUUGCAUUCUUGGGUUGCCAACUUUUAUAGAGGUUAUGAUUAACUUGAUUCUUCCCCUGCCCCCUUUAUGAACAUAAAGUUCGUUAGCUGUGGUUUUGAAUAUGGAGAGAUCUGACUGCCAUUGCUAAUGCUGUGUAUUAGAGAGAACACCACUGCCAGUGCCCAGUUUAGGUUCUGGAAUGCAAGGUGUCCUGGGUCACUCUUAUUCAGUUGUUCAGUCUUCUGACUGUGCUUUGGAGCCGUGGCUGCGUCCUGAGCUCCAUCUCGAGUCUAAGCACUGCAGCAGUUACAGGUAGUUCUGUGAUUGUGCAGGCUGGGUGGUUUCUGUACUUAAUGCCUGGGCUGUUGGCUCUGUUCAGCCGGUGGCCAGCAGCAAAGAGUGUUGUAGAGCAGCAGAAAGUAUAAAAGGUAUGUGAAAACCAGCCCCAGCUUCUUAGAUAAGGGAGCUGGAUGCUCAUCCUCAGUCUUAGGGGUGGCUUGGGCACAAACCAUUUUCCACAGUUGCACGUCUGUGCAAUGACAGGCAGCAGGAGGGAGAAGUGGAUGGUCCAUGCCUGAGAGUUGAUAUGAGGUACUUGGUGAGGGAACCUUUGCCUUACAGAGGUGGUCCUAGGUCUGUCUCUUGUCAGGGUUGGGUUGUAGACAUAACCCUAAUUGUGGUUCCAAGGGAUGGCUUCACUACCUGCUCAGUGUUCCUUCUCAGAGGAAGGGCUCAUCCUGCAAGGGAUCAAGGCCCUGCAGUGGGUCCCUGCUUUGUCCUUGCCUCUGGACACAGCAGUGAGUGGGGAGAGGAGGUGUGACUGGGCAACUGUGUUUUAUGGAGGUCUGAUAAGGCUUUGCUAUUUUGAGACAGCUGCCCCGUCCUGCACAGAUCCUUCAAGCUGACCUUUGCUACAGCAGAAGGCACCCUUCUCGGCAGUAAAGCUUGCUAGCUUUUGUAGCACAAAGUCUGUUCUCUACUGUGUUCUCAUUUGUAAGAUUCUUGUUCAGUUACAGAUGCCAAUGUCAAGCUGCAAGUAAAAAGGAGCCCAUGCUGGGUUUC